GACGCAGAGAUGGCGGCGACACCGGCGGCGGCUGCAGCUGCGGGAGCGGCCCCGACGACGACGGCCUCGGCGCGAUCGGAAGGCGCCUCCUCGGUGCACUGGUUCCGCAAGGGACUGCGGCUCCACGACAACCCGGCGCUGCUGGCUGCCGUGCGCGGGGCGCGCUGUGUGCGCUGCGUUUACAUCCUCGACCCCUGGUUCGCGGCUUCUUCUUCCGUGGGGAUCAAUCGGUGGAGGUUCCUGCUCCAGUCGCUGGAAGAUUUGGACACGAGCUUAAGGAAACUCAACUCUCGCCUGUUUGUGGUCCGGGGCCAGCCGGCUGAUGUGUUCCCCAGGCUAUUCAAGGAAUGGGGAGUGACCCGCUUGACCUUUGAGUAUGACUCUGAGCCCUUUGGGAAAGAACGGGAUGCGGCCAUCAUGAAGAUGGCCAAGGAGGCUGGUGUGGAGGUGGUGACCGAGAACUCUCAUACGCUCUACGACCUGGACAGGAUCAUUGAGCUGAAUGGGCAGAAGCCACCGCUCACCUACAAGCGCUUUCAGGCCAUCAUCGGCCGCAUGGAGCUGCCCAGGAAGCCCGUGGGCUCCGUGAGCCGCCAGCAGAUGGAGAACUGCCGUGCUGAGAUCCAGGAGAACCAUGAUGAGACCUACGGUGUGCCCUCCCUCGAGGAGCUGGGCUUCCCCACCGAAGGGCUCGGCCCCGCUGUCUGGCAAGGAGGGGAAACAGAGGCACUGGCCCGCCUGGACAAGCACUUGGAACGGAAGGCCUGGGUUGCCAACUAUGAGAAGCCCCGCAUGAAUGCCAACUCCUUGUUGGCCAGCCCCACGGGCCUCAGCCCCUACCUGCGCUUCGGCUGCCUCUCCUGCCGCCUCUUCUACUACCGCCUGUGGGAACUGUAUGAGAAGGUGAAGCAGAGCACCAGCCCACCACUGUCCCUGUUCGGCCAACUCCUGUGGCGCGAGUUCUUCUACACGGCGGCUACCAACAACCCUCGUUUCGACCGCAUGGAGGGGAACCCCAUCUGCAUCCAGAUCCCCUGGGAUUGCAACCCUGAGGCCCUGGCCAAGUGGGCCGAGGGCAAGACGGGCUUCCCUUGGAUCGAUGCCAUCAUGACGCAGCUGAGGCAGGAGGGCUGGAUCCACCACCUGGCCCGACACGCCGUGGCCUGCUUCCUCACGCGUGGUGACCUCUGGGUCAGCUGGGAGAGCGGAGUCCGAGUGUUUGAUGAGCUGCUUCUGGAUGCCGACUUCAGCGUGAACGCGGGCAGCUGGAUGUGGCUGUCCUGCAGCGCUUUCUUCCAGCAGUUUUUCCACUGCUACUGCCCUGUGGGCUUCGGCCGUCGCACGGACCCCAGCGGGGACUACAUCAGGCGGUACCUGCCCAAGUUGAAAGGUUUCCCCUCACGCUACAUCUAUGAGCCCUGGAACGCACCCGAGUCAGUGCAGAAAGCGGCCAAGUGCGUGGUGGGCAUAGAUUAUCCGCGGCCCAUCGUUAACCAUGCAGAAACCAGCCGACUCAACAUUGAGCGCAUGAAGCAGAUCUACCAGCAACUUUCCCGCUACCGAGGACUCUGUCUGCUGGCCUCGGUUCCAUCCUGCAUUGAAGAACUCAGCAAUCCCGUGGCAGAACCCAGCUCCAGCCAGGCGGGAGGCAGUUCAGGCCCAAGAGCACUCCCUGCGGCACCCACAUCCCCCAAACGUAAGCUGGAAGCAGCCGAGGAGCUCCCUGGAGAAGAGUUGAGCAAACGGGCCAGGGUGGCCGAGUUGCCAGUCCUGGAGCUACCGAGCUCAAGCUCGGCCGUUUGAGACUGCAGAGCUGAGACUCUAUGAGCCCAGCCGAGGUGCCUGCCUGCCUGCCUAAGAGGCUGUCACCACCUGGCACAAUCUGCCGCUGCUCCAGGCAAUGAUGGAUGGAUGGAGCGAACAUGUGUGUGUGUGUGUGUGUGUGUGUGUGUGUGUGUGUGUGUGUGUGUGUAUGUGUGUGACAUGUGCGGAGGAGGGGUGUGCCUGGGUGUGUGCCUUUCUAUCCUGCUGUGCCAAGCAAAGACUGAUGGAGUGAGUCUGCAAGUGUGUGUGUUUGUGUGUAUGGUAGCAUUCGGGGGAGAAGUGUGGCCAUGUGUGUG